CUGCAAAAACAGCUGAUUGAGCUGGAUAGUUUAUUUAACUCUGAAAUUGUAGCAGAGAUAUUUAUUCAAAAUGUCCGGAACGGGGACUGUUGAGAACUGCCACUUAUGCCAGGCGGCGCCCUUUAAGUAUACAUGUCCAAAAUGUAACGCGCUUUAUUGCAGCGUUGGAUGUUACAAGUCCCAACUACAUCUGAAAUGUUCAGAGGCGUUUUACAAGGACUGUAUACAGGAUGAAUUGGCGAGUGCUGCCACAACGCCGGAAAGCCAGCAGGAUAUGCGCAAAAUUUACGAUAUACUUAAACGUAUGCGAGAAAGCGACGCCGGGUUCAAUCCCAAGGACUUUGAUGCAGACGGCCUGGGCGAUCCUUUAGACUCGGACGAUGAAGCUGCAUCAGAGGAAGAUAAUGAUCAGCAAAAUGAGAUGGUGGGUGACGAGGAAGAUGGCCAGGAAUGCGAUAUUGCUGCUCGUUUGCAGGGCAUUGAUAUAAACGAUGCUGAAGAAGUGUGGAGUCGGCUGACAACUGUGGAGCAGCAGGAGUUUCAGAAGCUUAUAGCCAGCGGCGACAUUAUGAAACUCAUGCCUGACUAUAAGCCAUGGUGGUCUAAGUCCAAAAACUCGAAAAUUGUAGUUAUAUUAGCGCAGAACGAGGAUAAAUCAGAUGUGCCAGAGCUGUGCAAGAACAUACCAAAAUUCGCGGACAUCUGUAAAAGAGCUCCUUCUCCAUGUUUGCAUUACAAUCUCUGGAACAUUUUAAGCGCCUAUGCGUGUGUGGCGCGUUUCUUUGGCGGAGAGCAGAGAACUAAUCCGAGUGAAGCAAUUGCCCAUUUGGUUAAUCUCAGCGCUACGCUUAAGUAUGGCACCAAUUUUGAUGAUGCUGAAGACGCCAUUAUCUCAGUGGAAAUGGAAGCGCUUACCACAGGCAAUAGUCCUGCAGGGGCAGCUGCAGUUGAAACAAACUUUCUGGUCGAGAGCCGGGACCAGUUACAACAGGAUGCGCGCCAGCUAAUGUCGACGCGGCAUAAUAAAUUGGCUGCUUUGAGCGAUGUGCUGCAUCUGUUGCAACAGGCUAAAAUACUCAUUAAACGUAAAAAUCCAGAGGAAGCCCAGUUUCAGAAACUUUUUGCCCUCGCCAGCGGCAGUAUUGAAUUGAAUCGCAUUAAACUUACGCAGCUAUUGAAGAAAGUUGAGUUCAUGUUAUCAUAUGUUGAUCGAGAAUAAGUUUUUUUUUGCGUUUUAUGCCAAAUACAAACAAAUGUUUUUUAAA